AUGCUGACCAUCUUGUCGAAUAUAUUCUACACCUAUCUGGAGUCACUGCCCUCCCACAAGGAUUAUUUCAUGAUAUUGGCUAGAGGACUGAUUGGUUUCAGUGCUGGCAACGUUGCUGUGGUUAGGUCCUACGUGGCUGGUGCCACCACAGUUCAGGAGAGAACAGCCUGCAUGGCAAACCUGAGUAUCUGUCAAGCCAUGGGGUUUAUUCUUGGGCCAGUGAUACAAGCAACCCUAGUGCCCAUAUCAUAUCCAGGACCAGUGCAGAGUGUGUACUUUCAUCUAAACAUGUACACUGCCCCAGCACUUCUGUCGGCUUGUGUUGCCACUAUCAGCCUCCUCUUUCUCAUCUUUAUGUUCAAGGAACAUCGUGUUUAUGAUGAUGAUGUCAGAGCAGUUCUCCAAAACAGAUCAGUGGAUGUUGAAGCUUCUCAGAGUGUUAAUGGGUCCGCACUGACAGACUCUCUGAAGCAGAUUGAGUACAAGCUGGACUACGUUGCUGUCUUCUCAACCAUUUUCUUGUUUUUUGGUGUCUUAUUUUUAUUCACUGUUUUUGAAACGAUUGGGACACCACUCACUAUGGACAUGUAUGCCUGGAGCAAGUCAAAAGCUACACUUUAUCAAGGGAUCAUUCUUGGAGUUGCUGGAUUGUUGUCUAUUUUAGUCUUCAUGCUGGUGAAAAUCCUGGCCAAAAAGUUUAAUGAGCGUUACCUGUUGCUUGGGGGUUUCACUUUCUGCCUGUUUGGUUACUUCACAAUGAUUCCCUGGGGAAACAGCCUUCCUCCUAUAGGAUACAUACCUAUCAACCAGUCAGUUUCAUCAUCUGACGCCAUAUUUGCCUUGUCCGACUUCAUAAUCAACAACCAUUACACAGACAGCCCAGUCUUCACAGCUCAUAAACUAUCAAAAAGGCAAACCUCUUUUGGCAGCCACAAUCCAGAAUUUAUACGCAAUUUUAAUAUACCAGUGACUGGGGAAAACAACAGUUCAUAUCAUUUUGUAAAUAUAAAUAAUAUAUCAGACAAUGAUACCAGAAUAGCUUUCAUCGAUACCAAUGGGCGUGAUAAACAGGAAAGGCAGGAUUUAGUGACACGUCCAGCAGCAGAGGCCGCAACCAGGGCCACAACGAACACUACGAGUUUUGUCACCAACAGCACAUUCCCACCCAACGGAUGCCCCUGGCAGUACGAAUGGUGCCGGCAUGUACCUAUGAUCUACCUGGCUCAGUUCCUGGGUGGCACUGCUCUCAUCAGCAUAGGCUACCCAGUCUGUAAUAUGCUAACCUACGCCCUCUACUCUAAAGUACUGGGUCCUAUGCCCCAGGGUCUGUGGAUGGGCUGGCUGACAGCCUCCGGCAGUCUGGCACGCGUGGUGGGACCAGUUUAUGUCUCGCAAGUCUACGACUCGUUCGGACCUUUGAUAACUUUUAGCAGUUGCUGUGGAUUCAUUGCAUUGACAAUUGUGUUCUAUUUAGCUGUGUUUCGUCGAAUUGUGCCGUUCUCAUUUAAGGAUAAAUCUUUAUCACGAUUUGGGGCAAGCAUUAGCGAGGAACAAAUCAACUAG